GUUGUCUCUCAUGGAUAUCUCACAGACCCGAUGGGUUUAUAGAAAGUCGAAAAAAUUGGCCACUGAAUAUGGAGACCGGGAAGCAGGACCCAACGAUCGCUGACACUGCGCGAGCGUGUCUGGAAUCUUUCAACCAGUGUUUGGAGAUUUUCGCCAUUCUUCCUCCCAAGCAGCAGUCGGCAAUCGAGGAUCAACUAGGUAGAUUCUCGAUAUGGACGGCCAAUAUUGGUGUUUUCGCACCCUUUCGAGCUUCUCUCGACUAUCGCCUUCGGGGCGUCUCUGAUGUACAACGAUUAGUGCGCGGACUUCUUCGAACGCUGAAUGAACAUGUUGAACAAUACUUAUCAUACCUCGAGCCAUCGAACCAAAAUGGGAACGCGCAUCCUGUGGAAGAUAGCAGACUUGGUACCGUGAUUGACAAUAUGUCAGAAGAAAUCAGCUUGUUGCAUCAGCUGUCGAAUACUAUUCGCAAGGCGAGUAGCGAAAGGAAUAAUCUGAAAGCUGCAACUUCCUUUAUAAUCUACGACGAAGAGGGUAAUGACCUCGGCCCAAUAUUUGUAGGGCUUUUUGCACUGGAGAUUAUCCAGCGUAGGUUUCCAGACUGUGAAGAGAAAAUUAAAAGGCGAUUGGCAGACGCAAUGUUACUCCGCCGGAAGCGAAUUCUGUAUCGACGCUCACGCUACGGAAAAGCUACAUCGAGAAAUGUUACAUCUGCACCGCGAAAAAUUAAACCAAACACCGAAAAGGCAGCAGCCAGUGGUAUCCAGAGCACACCAGAUCAGAUGGGAGAGCGGCAUCCUGAUCGUUCUUACGUAAAGGCACAGCCAAGCAUUGCUGGAUCCCGAGCAAUCACUGCGACCACUCUUAACAUAGAGCAGUGGAAGAAAGCGUCCUCCCCAUCCGUUGUUAGUAAAUCGAGAACCAUCCAGUUGAGCAAUCAUGAGCAUCUUGAGUUUCCUCCAGCACCAAAGAGGUCUAUAUUACAGAAAUUAAAGUACCUUAAAGAGCAGCAUUAUAUGAAACAUGAAGAACGUCUCAAAUCACUCCCAAACUAUCUUCUCUAUAUACAAGACGUUGGCCAGCCGGCCUUGGAUGAGGAUGCAUUUUCUACAUUACGAAACAGCAUAUCAGACUUGCAAGUUGAAUUAUUCGAAGAAAUUGAAAACGAUCGGGUUGCAUGCUGCAAGGGAAGCAUGGAAGUUGUUUGUCCUUAUUGUUGUUGCGCUCUGUCGAGCGCGACAGUCAUGAAUAAUCGUUUAUGGAUAGAUCAUGUUAAACACGAUCUCGACCCAUAUCUGUGUUUAUUCGAAGAUUGUGACAAUUCCGAUACUUUAUACAAUCACAGCGAGGACUGGCUAAAACACAUGCGCCAGCACAAAUUGCGAUGGCGUUGUACAGCAAAAUCCCAUGGUGUUCUCGUAUUUAACGACCAAAAUGAGUAUGAGGAACAUAUGACCACAAAUCAUAAAAGUACCAGGUCCCAACUCUCGAUUAUAGCAGCUCGAAGUAGUCGAUCAUCUGGCCCUAUUUUUGAAUCAUGCCCACUGUGCGGAGAAUCAAACACUAAUGGUCCGCUGGAGAAUCAUGUCGCCAGUCACCUAAGAUAUCUAGCCUUGAAGUCGCUUCCGUUCCCGGAAGAUGGUUUGGAUGACAGGGAUUCUGAUAGUGUAGAAUUGGAUUCUGAUAAAUCGGAUUUGCGAAGCCGAAGCACUGCUUUCGAUGAUUCUGAUGAUCUCUCACACGUUUUUAAUAUAGAUAAACGCCAUGUAACCAGUAGUCAACUCAGUGAUGACGCGAGAGACCCAGAAAGACGAGACUCGGAGGGCUAUGACCGCAACGAAUGGGAGUUUCUAUCAAAAUCCUUUUCCGCCGAAGACUAUCGGAAUCGAGAUCUUAUUUUACAAUCAUUCCUAACGAAAUAUCAAGAACAACUUCGAAAUAGGCCUGAGAGCAUUGAUAGUGAUGGUAUAAGCAACACAGACUUGGGUGGGACAGUGAAGAUGAAGACUUUGGCAAAGCACCGGAGAAACACAGAGAAGACUACCAAAAAGCGCGAUUUGAUGGUUAUAUUUGCUACCACCUCCCACGGUCCUAAUGACGAGGUUAAAAAGCCCCAUUUUGGAGAUGUGAAGGAUGUGACCAUCAAACCAUACCAAGAUGAAGAUUCUAAUCUAGGUGCCAAUGAGGUAUCAGCUCCGGUGUCUUGUGAGGGAGGAGGUGACGAUUCUAUUUUCGAAGUAUUUAGUGUCGCCGGAUUCAUUGAAAAUGAGUCGGCAUUGGAUCAUACAUCCAUUAAUCAGACAACACAAAUAUCGCCAAUCGAGAUGGAGGAUCCAUCCCAAUGGAGUGAUGCAGCGGGUGAGAUUUCUGAAGAUAUUGUAGCUGUUGAAGAGAGGUCUGCAUUGGACAUUUCGACAGAUGAUAACCUCAUUCAUGUGCCUCCUGUUGAAAUUACCAUCGAACCUCCUUCUCCAGCCCAGAGCGUAACUAGCGAUGAUUCAUAUGUAUCCACUACCAGCGACGAUAUUAUGAACGAAGUGGAAUCACACGAAUUUUCUAAUGUUAUACACGAGAACCUCGCUACAGAGUCGGAAUCAGACAACCGUGAGACUGAGAAUUCUAUUAAUCACGCCUACGAGCUAUGGGAAGAAGACUUUGUGGCACCAGAAGUCUCCACAUCGCUAUAUAGCAGGAUCUACCCAGGCAUGCAUUACCAACAAGCCAGGGCUCGGGCUGAUCAGCAGCAACGACAACAACAACAACAACAACAACAACAACAACAACAACAACAACAUAUCGCCACCAUGGAUGGUACUCUUGAGAAGCUUUCAACAGAGUCUGAGUCAGAUUUCCCUGGUGUGGGAGAUAGCGAAGGCGUCAGAGCCUUCCGUAAGUGCAGGUCCGAGGCCUGUGGAUACUACAAUGAAACAAAUGACAUCACCUGCCUCCGUUGCGAUGCUCCACUUCGGGGAGCUGCUGCUGUUGUUGAUUCUACCCUCACCUCUGAUCCUAACAGCCAGAUAUGGCCGCCACCUACCCCAAUUGAUAUUCAACCUACACUUAUGUCCAAUAUAGCAAUCCCUCCAAAAAACUCAAUAACAGAAGGCCCCCCCCAAUUAUUUACAAUUACACACCCACUACUCAUCGUAUCAGCCACGCGAAGAAGGGAAGGCGAAUGUAUGCAUGCGAACUUCCUGGCUGUAACAAGCGUUUCACUCGUUCGGAGCAUCUUAGCCGCCAUAAGCUUCAUCAUAACCCCGAGGCUUUCUAUAGAUGCACUUAUGAAGGUUGCAAAAAGGUCUUUUAUCAUUCAGACCUUUUGGCUCGGCAUAUAGCCAGGCAUGAAGCGGCCAUCCAAUUAGAUACUACUUCCGCCACCGCCUCCUCACCAGUUGCGUCCCUACCUGGAGAUAUUCAAGGGUUAGCUUUGCCUCCUCUAGGCCGUGGUGUUGAUUUGGCAGAAAUCACUAGGGGGGUUUCGAAUACCUCCCUCACCGACCUCAGCCGUCCUGCCGAAGAACAGGCGCAAAGUGCAAAAGACCUGGAGUACCCAGAAGCAAGGGUUUACUCGGAUCAGUAUAGUUCUUUUAAAGCUGACAAUUCAGACAUUCGAUAUCCCCUGCCUGAAUUACCUCCUCCAGACCUUGG